AGGACCUUUUGUCCAUGUGGGGAUGAUGGGGGAGGGGGUGUGUGAGGGGCAAACCUUGCAGAAGGAUUGGAAAGACUUUGGCCUGCUAGGGCUCCAUAAGACGGAUGGGUCACUACGGGUAAAUAUGGCUACCUUGCCCCAAAACCUGUUCUUCUUACUCCUCCUGAUUCAACCUGAGUUUGGUUUUUCCACUCGUCAUCAGUGGGUUUCGAAGGACCUACCUUGCAAAAUAAAAGCAAAACAGAACAGCUCCUCGAUUCUCCUUGAUUGUAGUAAACAAAAGCUGAGAGCAGUCCCUCAGGAAAUAUAUACAAAUGUUACUGGCUUGAUUUUGUCUUUCAACUGGAUUGAAGAGAUUUCUAAAGAGGAUUUUCAGAACUUUAAGGACCUUACAUUUUUUAAAUUAAACUGGAAUUGGCAUGUUAAACCAAAAGAAUCUAAUUUUGAUUUGUCUCCAAAACCUUUACAAAUACUAGAUGCAACUUUUUCAAACUUAAGACAUUUAAAGGAAUUACAUCUUAAUGGCAAUCAGCUAAUCAGAGUGCCUGCAGGGAUUUCACCUAGCAUUACUUCACUAAGUCUAAAGUCCAAUAACAUUGUUACUAUUAGCAAGAAUACCUUCAACGAACUCAUAAAAUUGAAGGAACUCUAUAUGGACCAGAACUGUUACUAUGGUAAUGUCUGUGAAAAACGGUUCAACAUGGAAGAAGGGGCUUUUUCAGCCCUCACCAGUUUGACUGUGCUGUCACUUUCCUAUAACAAUUUGACCCAGGUGCCACCCAAACUGCCUGUGUCACUACAAGAACUUUAUUUGAGUCAUACCAAGAUAAAGAACAUCAGUCAAGAUGAUUUUAAGAAACUAGUUAAUCUAGAAGUUCUUGAUUUAAGUGGGAACUGUCCAAAAUGCUUCAAUACACCUUUUCCAUGUGAACCUUGCACUGGAAAUGCCGCCAUUCAAAUACAUCCUCUGGCUUUCCAGAAUCUUAAAAAAUUAAAGACUUUGGUUCUAUCCAGCACGUCACUCACUAGUGUACCCGCUAUUUGGUUUAAAAACAUGCCAAAGCUAGAGGUACUGCACCUUGCAUCUAACUUCUUAAUGAGUGAAAUAGCUACUGGAGAAUUCUUACAGAAUUUAUCUUCUUUAGAGGAACUUGACCUAUCUUUCAACUACCAGAAACAAAUAUACUCACGAUAUCUAACCCUCUCACCAUACUUUUCUUCCUUAGUAUCUCUAAAACGAUUAUAUAUUAAAGGUUAUGUCUUCAAAGAAUUAGAUAAACUCCACUUAGAACCUUUGUUUCCUCUGAGAAAGCUAAAUGUCCUGGACCUCGGGUUAAAUUUUAUUAAAAGAGUUGAUAUGUCUGUCUUCCAGGCUUUUAGGAACCUCACCGAAAUAUACUUGAAAGAAAACAAAAUAUUCCCACAAACAACAGAAAGGCCUAGUUUUUUAAAAUCAUUUAAGAAAGAGGAUUAUUUCAUCAAUUAUCAUCGGACCUUGGUGUGGAAACACAAGCUGAACCCUCCUGUCAUAUAUUCUGAUAAAAAAAAGCAAUCAUAUUACUUCCUUAAACAGCUUUGUACCUCAUAUGGUACAGCCUUGGAUUUGAGUUUAAACAAUAUUUUCUUCAUUAACCCAUAUCAGUUUAAAGGCUUUGGGGAUAUAGCUUGUUUGAAUUUGUCUUCAAAUGCCCUGGGCCAGGCUUUCAAUGGCACUGAAUUAAUCUAUUUACCUAAUCUCAAAUAUUUAGACCUCUCAUAUAAUAAACUGGAUUUGACCAGUUACUCCGCAUUUAAAGAACUACCUAACCUAGAGGUAUUAGACCUUAGCUAUAACAAGCACUAUUUUCUAGUGACAGGUUUUGCACAUCAGUUACUAUUUAUUGAAAACCUUCCUAAUUUAAAAAUUUUAAACUUAAGCUGGAAUGACAUUUCUGCACUAACAAAAUUUGAACUAAGGAGCGACUCCCUUCAAAAACUAGACUUCAAAGGAAACCACCUUGACAACUUAUGGAAAAAUGGAGAAACGAAUCACAUACAAUUGUUUAAGCAUCUAAAAAAGCUGACACAUCUUGACAUCUCAUACAACAGACUUCGAAAUAUCCCCACUAAGGCUUUCCAAAAUCUGCCUCAGAAAUUAACUAAAUUGUAUAUAAAUAACAACAAACUACAUACCCUCAGCUGGGAAAAUCUUAGAUACUUUAAAUCUCUGAAGUUGCUUGACUUAAGUCAGAACAAACUGAAGGCUGUUGAUAUCCAGUACAACUAUACAAAGUCCCUCCAGACUCUGCUGCUGAGGGAGAACAAGAUUUCCAGGAUUGUCGUUGGGUUGUCUGAGAGAGGCAGCAGCCUCCUGUACCUGGAUUUGAGUUACAACCAACUGCAAGUCUUAAAUGAGUCAACUUUCUUAUCAGGACUUGUACAACAUUUGAAGGUUUUAAAAUUAAAAGGGAACCCGUUUGAUUGCACCUGCAAAAACAAUAACUUCAUAAGGUGGAUUCAGAAAACCAAAACUCCAAUCUCACAAGUAGCAAGAAAUGUCAUUUGCAUGAACCCUGAGGACCAAAGACAGCAUAGCAUUCUCUUGAUUGACCUGCAUGCUUGCAUUCUGGAUAGUGUUGCAGCAAUAUUAUUUUAUAUUUCUUUCUUCACUAUUAUUAGCAUUAUGAUAAUAGCAGUCACUAAACAUUUAUUUUAUUGGGAUGUCUGGUAUACUUAUCGUUCUUGUAUGGCAAAAAUAAGAGGAUACAAGAAUAUAGCCACAGACAAAGCUCUCUAUGAUGCUUACAUAGCCUAUGAUACUCAGGAUGCGACAGUAACUGACUGGGUAAUAAAUGAGCUACGAUUUCAUCUAGAAGAAAAUGGAGACAAGCACGUUCUGCUUUGUUUGGAGGAAAGGGACUGGGAGCCGGGAAAAGCUGUCAUUGACAACCUUGCACAGAGCAUCCAUCACAGCAGAAAGACGAUAUUUGUUCUAACCGAAAGAUAUGUGAAAAACGGGAACUUUAAAACUGCUUUUUAUAUCGCUCUGCAGAGGCUAAUGGAUGAGAAUACAGAUGUGAUUGUGUUUAUUCUACUGGAGCCGGUGCUACAGCAUUCCCAGUACCUGAGGCUGAGAAGGAGGAUCUGCAAGAGCUCUGUUCUUGACUGGCCUAAGAAUCCGCAUGCUGAAGGCCUUUUCUGGCAAAGACUAAAAAGUGCAGUGCUAACUGAUAACAGUAUUCGAGAAGAUGGGAUGUACAGUAUAUAGAAAGGGAUUACAACAGCUAGCUUUAGUUCUCAAAAAGUAACUUGUGAUUUUCAGUGUCUCAGUAUUUGGGUGCCAAAUUUUAAAUGCAUUAAAAAGAGUCCUAAUUUGGGGAGGGAGGUUGUUCAGCAUUUUCUGAAAAUCAGUCUGCUCUAUGUUAUCUCUUGCUGGACAACCAACAUCACUGGUCACCUCUGAAAACUUUGGGUGGUUUUCUUAAAGUUUUAUGGGGUGUACUCUAUGGUAAGUACUUACAGUUUAAUGUACCUGUUAUACUGCUAUAUUGUACGAAGAGAGUCUGCUUUACAAGGUUAAAGUAAAAUAGCUAAUAUGAAAUCACAGAGACAGAAUUAAUAACAUGCACAAACUUGCUGCAUGUAAACAAUAUUUUUUUCUUUCUUCCUGUGCUACAUUUUUCUGUAGUGGAAGAAAGUUUAUUCUCUAACAAGGCAAAGUUUGCUUAGCUAUUCACUUUUUUCUGUAUC